UCGCCGGCAUUUGUGUCCACGGCUUUUAAUUAUCGGGUCCUGGCCGGUGAUUACUCGCUGGCACCCAGUGAUUGCCGAGCAUCCCCAACAAGGAGGAGAACUGUUUGUAAACAAAACAGUUCUCCUCCCUGUCGGCUCAUGCACACUGCUUUCGAUGGCUAUGCACAGCAGAAGCCAGUAAACCACACAAACACAGACACAAGUAAAACAGCACACAGUUAACCCUUUGAUCGCCCCUCAUGUUAACCCCUUCCUGCCCAGUGCCAUCAGUACAGUGUCAGUGCUUUUUUUUUUAGCACUGAUCACUGUAUUGGUAUCACUGGGGAUGUCAG